CAGCUCAAAAUGGCAGCUAUGUGCAGACGAGGGUCUGUGUUAUUUCCCAUUAUUCGCCAAACAACAGCGCUCCAUCUGUGUAGGUCAGUUAGAACCUUGAUACCAUGGAGACAACAAAGAUGUCAUGCCAUGUUGUGUUCAUUGUCCCGGAGACAACUGAUGAAACAUCAGAAAACUAUGUUUAUAUCAAGAUUUGUACACACAACAUCCACAUGUCAAGCUGAAAUUAUACAAUUCAAACUUUCUGACAUUGGUGAAGGAAUUAGAGAAGUCAAACUUAAAGAAUGGUACUGUGAAGUGGGGGACGUUGUAAGUCAGUUUGAUAGUAUUUGUGAAGUACAAAGUGAUAAAGCUUCAGUGACAAUAACAAGUCGAUAUGAUGGAAAAAUUACAAAGUUAUACUAUGAUGUUGAAGACACUGCCCUUGUGGGGAAAGCUCUUAUCGACAUUGAAGUGGAUGAAUCUGGAGAGGUUACAGAAGUAGAAGUAUCCACUGACUCUGACUCAGAUCAUGAAUUUGAACGACAAACUCAGCAGACACUAGGGGGUAAUAAAGUGCCGGCCACGCCAGCAGUACGCAGGAUAGCAAGGGAACAUUCGGUGGAUUUAAUAAAUGUACAAGGAACAGGAAAAGAUGGUCGUAUAUUAAAAGAAGAUAUACUAAAAUAUGUAAAAGAAGGUAGACCCUCACCUAUUCUUCCUAUACAAGAAAUUGUUCCCCCACCACCAUCGCCGUCAACCAUUAAACCAAAGACAGCUGCUCCAUCAGUUAAAUCACCCCCUGCAGCUACCGCUCCACCAACGAGACCAGUGACAGUGACAGGUAAAGACAAGACAGUUCCAAUCACAGGAUUCAUGAAAGUGAUGGUGAAAACAAUGAAUGUGGCAAACCAAGUCCCCCACUUUGGUUACUCUGAUGAAAUAGAUGUUACAGAACUAGUAAAAAUGAGAAAGAGGUUACGAGAGAUUGGUGCUUCCAGGGGGAUUAGGUUGUCUUAUAUGCCCCUCUUUUUAAAGGCUGCAUCAAUGGCUUUACUCCACUUUCCCUCCUUAAAUGCACAUACGGAUGAGAAAUGUGAAAAUUUGAUUUACAAGGCUGCUCAUAAUAUUGGCGUUGCCAUGGAUACACCAAAUGGUCUAAUUGUACCAAAUGUUAAAAAUGUUGAAACCUUAUCAGUAUAUGAAAUAGCUGUACACUUGAAUAGACUACAGGAACUAGGAGCAUCCGGUAAACUGGGAACCAAUGAUUUGACUGGUGGUACUUUUACUUUCUCAAAUAUAGGAGCUAUUGGUGGUACAUAUGCCAAACCACUUCUAGUUUUACCAGAAGUAGUUAUAGGAGCAAUCGGUAGGAUUCAGGUUGUCCCAAGAUUCAACGAGAAAGAUGAAGUUUACAAAGCACAUACAAUGAACAUUAGCUGGUCAGCAGAUCACCGGGUCAUUGAUGGCGCCACGAUGUCCAGAUACUCCAACCUCUGGAAAUCUUACAUUGAAAAUCCAUCGUCAAUGAUCUUAGAUUUGAAAUAAAUAUAUUCAAAGACUUGAUGUUUUUCGAGACUAUGAUGUGAGUGUGUAUAGCAUGGAACCAAGCUCCUGUCAUGUUUGAAUACAUUACUCAUAUGACCUGACUAAAAUUUGCUUGCAUUACUGUACUAAUAUGUGAGAGAUUUGAAGGUGAAUGGUGGGUGUUGGAUCGGUAUUGACAUUAAAUUUAAGAUUCUAUAAUGAUAUGAUAGUGACGCUCACAUUCAUGUUGUAAGAAUGUACAACCAAUUUCUGCUUUCAAAGCAUACACAAUAAAAAUAGGAAUAUGAAUUAGGCCAAAAGAAAAAAGGUUUUGCCAUUUAUCAUCGCAUGUAUCAAUAUGAAACCUGCGCCUCACACACAUUUUUGUUCUCAACUCUGCGUACCUAUGAAAUGCAUACAGUAGAAUUGGAAAUGUUUGUUUUUUCUAUUUCAGAAGUUUUGUCCCAUCCCAUUAUUUAUCUUAAAUGUUGAAUAUUUAUCUUCUCUUAGUUGAUAUGAUGUAUCACUGACACACAUACACCCACCUAGUAAUGCACAUUCCCUGGACCAACAAUGAAGUGACAGAAAAUCAUACAUUGAUAUGUAGACUGGCUCUGUAUUGGCAAUUUUAUAAUACCUUUUAUGGACAAGUUUGAAGAAUCUCCUGCGUUGACAGCAAACUGGUGUGUUCUGCCACUCCCUCUAUAGUUGUCACAGUGUUGUUUUAGAUGAUAGAUAUGCUAAUGAGUAGCGUGAAUUGUAAGCUGUCAACCAAUAAUCUGAUCUGUUCUGUUCUACACAACUAUAAUGCAUACAUGACAUGAUGCAUAGAUUCCUUUAUGCAAGCGCACAUACUCUUUUAUUCCACUCCUGUGUUUUGUAACAUCACUGCAUAUCAUGAAUAAAUAAUUGUAUGUGCUUCAGAAUAAAAUAGUUGUAAUUUCACAUCAGACCAGAAUUUUAAAUACAAGAUUACAAAAUUACCAUGA